UGACUUUUUCUUCAAAUUAAUAUAAAUAGUGGUGCCCUUUUCCCCAUUUCAUUUUUUUUUUUUUUUUGUUCCCCCCCCCCUUUUUUUUUAAACUUAAAUAUGGCUCGUACUAAGCAAACAGCUCGUAAGUCUACCGGUGGUAAAGCUCCCCGUAAGCAAUUAGCCACUAAGGCUGCCCGUAAAUCCGCCCCUUCCACCGGUGGUGUCAAGAAGCCUCAUCGUUACAGACCCGGUACCGUUGCUCUUCGUGAGAUUCGUCGUUAUCAAAAGUCCACUGAGCUUUUGAUCCGUAAGCUCCCUUUCCAACGUCUUGUUCGUGAAAUCGCUCAAGAUUUCAAGACCGAUUUGCGUUUCCAAUCUUCUGCUAUUGGUGCCCUUCAAGAAGCCUCCGAAGCCUACUUGGUCUCUCUCUUUGAAGAUACCAACUUGGCCGCCAUCCAUGCUAAGCGUGUCACCAUUCAACCCAAGGAUAUCCAAUUAGCUCGUCGUCUCCGUGGUGAACGUUCUUAA